CGGUGAUCCUCUUUUACAAUCUGCAGUUUUCCACGUCGUAUACGGUUUAUUUUCAACGGCAAAUAGAGUCGCCUAGGGUAGAGAAAAGGAUAUUAGGAAGAUGCAGCAGAGAAAAACAGGGAGGCCAUCUGGAACCGAUGGCUCUGAUUUCUCGUAUAGGAUGGUCGUUGAUUCCCGUUAUACAAAGGUAGCCAAAGGGAAGUCUCGUCUCUAUGCACUGAUCUUAGCUCAGGCUGCUAUUCAAUUGAUAGGCCUGCUGUAUAUUGUUUUAUCAAUAUCAAAGGAGACUAGUCUAAACACACUUGCUAUUUCAUCUCCUAUCAUUGGAUUGAUUUCUCUUCUCAUUGGGGAAUUAGGUCGAAGACGCAGUAGAGUAAGUUUCUUGAGAGUUUACAUCAUCAUGUCAUCAAUUGCAAUACUCAUCUCUUUAACUUUUGCCAUUACCAGCAAUUCAUCAUUACAGGUUAUAUGGACCCUGAGUAACUUGGAAAGAAAGAAAUUUGAAUUUAUUGAAACUAUUCUGCUUGUGCUCGGAUUGAUUGUGCAUAUAGUUACUGUUGGCACUGUAAUUUCACUAAUUGGUAAUAUGUCUCCUCCCAAAAAAGCUUGUUAACAGUUUCCUGUAACAUCAAAAUUUCUCCCUAUGUCAAGGGUAAAAGUGCAAUAUCUUACACGUUAUUGUUUCAAAUUGCCUUGUAUUGUUUAGUGCAUUGGAAAUUAUAUUAAUUUAGGAGUUUAGUUUCCCA